ACUAAAAUGUCCCCGAUGGCGCUAAUGUCCCCAUUACUUUGGGGAUAUUUAUUGGACAAGAUAGAUCCUAAAACAGUUUUAUUGAUUUCAGGAAUAUUUCAAACUAUUUCAACACUUUUGUUUGGAUUUAGUACCUCUUUUUAUUGGACUUUAGUAACAAGAUUUAUGCAAGGUGCUUUUAAAGGGAUAAAUUAUGUUUGAAUACAAUGAUUGUUUAUGCAAUACUUGGUGUGGUUGGAAUUGGUUACAUGGAACUAUUUAUUAUAUUUGCUGCUACUUCUGCAGAGUUUGAGGGAUUAUCAAUGAGUAGUUCACAUAUUGGUUUGCUGCUAAUGUUUUGUGCAGUUGUUGAUAUUGUUGGAAGUGUUACCAUUUCACCAAAGAUUGUUCAAAAAGUUGGCGCUAAAAAGGCAUUUAUAUAUUGGAUCGUUGGAUGUGGUUGUAUUUACUCAUUUAUCCCUGCUUUAGUCUUGAUAACAAACAAUGGAAUGCGGUGGUUUUCUUUAGUGGCAUGCCUAGGAACUAUUAACAUUGUUAUUAAUGGUUGCUUUAUUUCUGUGAAUAUAUUUGUUUCAAACUCUGUACUACCAGAAUUUCAAGGAACUUUUACUGGACUGGCAAUGAGUGUAUCAUGUAUUGGAAGAGCUGCUGGUCCCGUUUUGUUCGGCAAUGCCUACUCUUGGUCGUUGUCAAAUCUGAAAUCAAAAAACCUGCCUUUUCCGUUCAAUCAGUAUUUUGCAUUCCUACUCUUAGCUACAGUUUGUUUAAUAAGCGCUUUAUUCACUCACUUCUUGAUUUCGCAGUCUUUAAAUAACAAGAAAGUUGCAGUUUCAAACAAAAAACUUGAGGUUCGUGGGAGUUAUUACUUGUAUGUGAAAACUUUUUUGCCAAUACAAUAAAGUCACAUUUUGUUAUUUUAAUUUUGUAAAUUUUAAUGUGAAAAAUAAAUUUUAUAAAUGUUUUA